AUGCAGGAGAUAUCAGAUAAAAAUGUAGCAAAUCGUGAAAAGUUGUUGAUCCCACAUACUUUAGGAUCAAAGACACUAGCUAGAAAAAGGGAUGAGAUGGAACAAUUGCAUAAAGAAAUUCAAGAAACUUCUUCUAAGAAUGAGGCCUUCUUAAAGGUGUUUGGAAAGGAGCAUCCUGGAUAUGUUAGAGGCAUGGGACUUGGAGUUACACCAACUCAGAUCAUUGGAUCAUGCUCUUCUUCUAUGAGAUCUGGAUCUCCUUCAGAUGCAGCCACAAUAGCACGAUUGCAAGCUGAAAUUGAAAUGCUUAAGACACGAGUUGGUGAAGUUGAUGUUUUAAAGGAGCAAUUGGCUUUCCUUAUGCAAACUAUUAAAGGAAAUCAGGUGGGGGACUUGGAAUCACCAAGAGAUUUGAGGCGAUCUUCCCAAUCUAGUCAUGUGCCUGAAGACAAUGGAGGAUUAUCCCAUAGGACUAUUUAG